GGAUUGUCAGACAAGAAAGGAGGGGAGUAUUGCAGUAUACCUGGCAGACAGAUUUCACGUUUUGUCCAAUGACACGUCAAUUAUACAGGCUUUUAAUGAAAUGCAACAGAGGUUACAUGAAAGGAAGGAGACACUUUGCAACGAGUCACCAGAAAAGAGCGGUGCCUGCGAGCGGUUGCCAUUCCGCUGCCUGUGAUGUGAGGAGCGCAAGCGGUUCAGAAGCAUGUCAUCUUUGAGGGCAGACUUGGAGUAUAACCAUACCUAUGAAACCAUGCACAACAUCACUAAGUGCAGUCUAGCCUCUGCAUGUAAACCACUCGACUAUCUGCUGGAGAAAACCAUAAACACCAGCAGCACUGAAAACUGCAAAAAACGCUCUCCACUCCAGCUUCAAGACGUAGUGGACAAAAAAUUCAAGGAUACAGAAAGGGACAGACCACAGACCCUCGCGUACAAGAGACCGCCGGAGCGCCUCAAAACUGGAUCAUGCAGUUUGGUGCCUGCAGGCAGCCAGUCGGCUUUGACGAUCCAAAUCGAGAGCCAUGUGCGGGAAAGGCUUGACGAGAUGAUGAAGGCUGCGGAGUGCAUGAUAGAGAAGAGGCUGGAGAAGGUGACCAGCGAGUUGGUGCAGAAGAACACGGAGCUGUUGAAUACCCGGGCUGAGUUUGUGUACCUGUCUCAGGAGAAGAGGCAGGUCCUGGCACGAGAGAGGGCCCUGAGCAGACAGGUGGACACGGCUGUCGAGGUCAUCGCAGCUCUACGGCAGCAGCUUUCCAAGUCUGAACGAGAGCUGGAGAGGAAGGAACGGGAAGUAAUCAGUAUUCAUCACUUUCUGGAGGCCAUGGUUCAGCAUGAAGUCUGUGGGAAAGCCCGGCUUCAGCACUUUAUAGAGAACCUUUUACAGAGGAUAGCCCUGGCUGAGAGGCAUCUGGAAUACUAUCAAAGUGCUUCCAGACACCGUGACUGCAAAAAACACACUGUUAACCAGACUGUUGAAAACUGGGAACACCAAAGUGCCAAAGCCAGGUCACCAGGGAGUCAGCCAGCAUUAACCACCAUUCCUGAGGCAAAAAUACAUUCUGUUCAGAAGGGAAGGGUUUUCCUGAAAUCCUCGAAGGACAGACUUUCCAGACAAUUCAACAACUAUUCAGGGGUCUAUAAAUCUAACGACUACAGAAGCGAAGUGUGGUAUCAGCAGAAAAGAAUAGCGGAAUAUGAAGCAUAUGAACUUGCGAAUCCUAGUCGAAUGAAACACAACUAAACUACAAAUGUACAAUGCAUCUGCAUUUAAUCCCAGCUAACACAAUUCAUGUUGCAUAUAUCUGAAUCUUUGUAGCCAUGUAUUGAAAUAUCUACAGUAACUGGCAGCUGCAGAGCACCUAUAGGAAGAAAUGCUCUAACGUCUUAUCCCUCUGUUAACCUUUCCAGCGCUUCAAAUUGACCAUUGAUCGUGAUUUUCCUUGGAAGCUGCUGUCACUGCAGUAGUUGUUUUGAAAGAGACAAGAUAGCACUAAUAUGACUGACGCUACUGAACUCCAUUUUGGUUGGGUGCACCUUUCCAAGGGUUUUGACCUGUAGACAAGGUUCGGUAUUUCCAACUUGCAAAAAGCUUGGAAAAGCUUCUGGCACCUUGGUAUGUCUCUGCUGCAACAUCUCUCUCCUGCCACUUGGAUCACAUAAAGAUUCCUAAGUUUCUUUUGUCUCUUGUGUGUGACUCCAGAGUCAAGAUGCGCCCCUCCUAACUGCAAGCCUCUCAGUCGGUUCUUUACCAGGUGAGCCACUCGGGGGACUUCAGCUACCUGCUCUUUGCAAUAUUCCUUUUCCUUUUCAGUGGUUAAUAUAAAAAUAAAAAUACCCAUAUUGAAGUAUUAAUAAUAUAAGCACACCACUUCUUUAUUGUUCCCCAUACCUUUUAUUACUGACAGUCUUUAAGCAAACUUCCCUUACAGCAGAUCACGCUGUACAGUAGAUACAUCUUUUAUAAGCUUUAGAGAGCAUAUGAGCAUAAAAGUAGAUAGGAUUGUGGUAUCAAGUAUCAAGGAUUGUGGCAUUUAAACACAGAUUGCUGUAGUUGUGUUGAUGUUAUCCCCCUUAAUGUUUAAUUGAAAUGUAAUUCUAACCAUCAGUAAUGUGCAGGUUCCACACAGCUGUUGUUAUUGCAUAUGAUUUGGAGUCCCAUGAAAGUGAGAUUCCAUGUCAUAUCAUUUGGGUUCACUGCAUAGUUUUAAUUGGCAAAUGUAAUGGUUUGUAAAGCUCAACCCAGUCGGGAUGUCGAGGUAUUGUAUGUCUGUGUUAUUUAUCAGAAUAUAUCGCAGCUCUGCGAAUGCCAAAAAAAGUGACAAAUUGAAUGUAUUUAUAAUUCAUGAAAAACAGAACUGGAGAAUUUUGAAACAGGGUUCAACUUAAAUAUUCAACUAUUUUUUCAAGCAUUUAACCCCAAAAAUGACUCAUCAGACCUUGAGUAAAGUCUUGUUGCUGUUUAAAAUUUAAAUGUAACUCAAGUUUGUUCUGAUGAGGCCAAGGAGAUCCAACUGGUGCAGUGUUGUGUUAACUACAGCACUUCUCAGAAUCUUGUUCAGACAAUCAGAAUAAUCAAAGUCUGUAUUAAAACACACACAGAGGCCAAGCCUGAAUGAUUUAGGGACCCUAACCAACCAUGGUCCCCUCUACUGCAGAACUUGCUGCACAGUCAUGUUCAAUCUAUCAGUCUAAAUGCUUGGCUUCUGCUUAGUUCUUCUGUAGCUUUGCCUUUCAAGCAUUGCUCGACCAGUUGUUUGUCCUGCUUGUGUCCAUUUCUCAAUGGCAGUCACUUCCAAAAGAUAAUAUAGUGCUAUGGUGUGAUAUUUUGUAUAAAAAAUAAAUAUGGAAUGUGAAUCACAAAAGUGAUGUUUUUAUUUAUAUAUAUUAUUCAGAAGUUUUUCUGCCAACAAUUUUUGAGAAAGGAAAUUGUAAUGUUACAAAUACAACUUUGGGAAUCCUUUGUGCUGCUAGUUAGUAGCUUUGUAACAUUUAUAGCGCCGUUUUCCUUUAUUCCCUUU